ACUUUUGAACAGGAAGUUUGAGUGUAAUCGGUCUGCUCCCUACUGUCUAUGGUCUGCUCUGUAGCAGGAGCAUUUCCAGGGGUCCUUUAAAGUUCGUGUUGUGUCUGACUGGUCCUGGUGAAAAUGUCCGCGAUAAUUCCUCGUAUCGAGCAGCUGUCGUCGAGAGUUGUUCGUGUUUUGGGCUGUAACCCGGGGCCCAUGACACUGCAGGGCACCAACACAUACCUGGUCGGGACAGGCAGGAGGCGAGUGUUAAUUGAUGCAGGCGAGCGCGCGGUACCGGAGUAUAUUGCCAACCUGCGCGAGACUCUGAAGCAGCAGGAGACGUCCAUACAGCACCUUAUAAUCACACACUGGCAUCACGACCACACUGGAGGAGUGCCGGAUAUACUCACAAACUUUCACAAAGAUUCAGAGCUGAGGGUCAGUAAACUCCCUCGGUGCCCACCACAGGAAGAAGUGAUUGGAGACCAGAAGAAGAAAUACUCCUAUCUCAGUGAUGGUGAUGUGAUAAAGGCUGAAGGGGCAACAUUACGGGUGCUGUUUACUCCCGGACACACAGAUGAUCACAUGGCAUUAUUCCUGGAGGAGGAGCAAGCUGUGUUUUCAGGGGACUGUAUUCUAGGAGAGGGAACGGCUGUGUUUGAGGACCUCCAUGAUUACAUGAAUUCACUGCAGAAGCUCCUCAGCGUGAAGGCUGGCCUCAUAUAUCCAGGUCAUGGUCCAGUGGUCCAAGAUGCUGGUUCUAAGAUCUGUGAGUAUAUAACUCACCGCAAUGCAAGAGAACAGCAGAUCCUAAACGUUCUGCAGGAGAACAACAGAACUGCGUUCACCUCCAGCGAACUGGUUAAAGUGGUGUACAAGGAGACCCCUGAACACCUGCACAGAGCUGCAGAGUUUAACUUGCUGCACCAUUUAAAGAAACUCCACAAGGAAGGAAAGAUCUGCCUGGCUGAAGGCACAAAUGAAAAGAAAUGGAGAAGCAAUUUGUGACCAUUUUUUUACCUGCUGUGAAAACCUGCUCUGAUAUGAGGCUAUUUACAUUUAUUUAGCAGACCCAUUUUUCCAAAUUGCCUUAACAAAGGACCACGUUCAAAAAACGAAAAUAAAUCAUGCAACACAGAACAAUUCAUAAACUGGAAAAAAUGUACCGACCCUUGUAAUCCAGUGAAAUUUUACUGUUGUCUUGGACGUAUACUGGCAUCUGAUGAAUGUAGCAUCACAUAAAGACAGUGAAGAUGAUAGUAUUGUGUAUCGCUGAUGCCUUCAACAAUAUCAAGACGAUUAUUAUUAUUAUCAUCAGGCUAGUGAUACUAUAUAAUUUAUAUAAGGGCUUAUAUGUUCCAUCAUAUUUCUUUUUCCACAUUUUUACAGUGUUGCGCAUUAUAACCAAUCGCACACGAUUCUGUUGAGUUUAUGAAUGCAGCUGUACAUGCGACUAAGUAUAAGAUAUUUAUUCAUCAUACAGUGUAGACAGCUUCACUGAUUAUAAUGUGAGUGUUUUUUAAAGUGCAAGAACUCGCGCUAGUCAGUGAUGUUUUUUGGUAAUGUAAAUUUUUUGCUCGUUUUCUAUGGCUGCUGUUUAAAUAACAGGAAAUGUUAGCAUUACAAUUAGUAACUUACAAUAUUUUGUUAAACUGUGAUCAUGUUAAAUACAAAUUCAGUCAUAUUAAAAAUAUGUUAUGAUAGAUUACACUUACAUUAGACUGCUUUUAGUCUUAUGCUGGAGUUGGUUCAUUCUCCAGCUAUGAAACGAAGUAAAUAAUUAAAUUAAAACGAUAAUAUCAUGUAUCGGCAAUCUCACAGGCUGACGAUAUGACUACAGAGCAUAUUGCCCAACACUAGUAUGCGCAUCAGUCAACAAAAAUGUAUUUAUUCAAAGAGAGACUGUACAAUAACAUGUAAGUGUAAAAUAAAGCAGCUUUUAUGAGGCUAAUGAUAUAACUGGAAUAUCAAAUUGGUGUAAAUGAUUCUAAACAUAUUUUUCCAAAAUACAAUUUGCUUACCUUUCUAUAGCUCUAAUUAUUUAAUCAGAGAAAAAUAACAAGUGCACCUUUAAUGUGUUACAUUUUAUUUUAAAUGCUGUAUACCCCUUUCAUUUUAGAUGUUUAAUGGCUGAAGCAUUCCAUUAAUUAAUUGUAUUCUGCUAAAUCACUGUAAAAUGUGCAAAUAUCUUUAAAAAAUGUUUAAAUAAAUGAUCAUUGAUUGACA